AUGAUGGAAUCGAAAUUGCAACGCAAAGGUUGGAAUCUAUACGACCCUGUAAAAGAGUUUAAACGACAGAAUCUUCUAUCAAGUGAUGGCGGAACGUCAUACUGGCGUCUUUCAGAAAUCAACGUGGAUUACAAGCUCUGUAUAUCAUAUCCACAAAUGCUUCUAGUUCCAUCUUCGGUGUCAGAUUCUGUAUUGCAACACGCAGGUAAAUUCAGGCUGAAGCAGAGAAUUCCCGUUGUUGUAUAUAAGCAUAGACUUUGCCCGAAUGGGAAUAUUAUUGCACGUUGCGCUCAGCCUUUAGUGGGAUUAAACUUUCAAAAUCGAUCACUUCAGGAUGAGAAGCUAGUUGAGGAGAUUUUUAGAACUCAGGAACGUGAAUGCAAAUCAGGUAUUCGUGGAGCUUCGGCUCUUAUUGAACAGCCUCAAAGAAAUCUAAUUGUCGAUUUAAGACCAAUAACUAACGCUAUGGCUCAGCAUGCCUUGGGAGCGGGAACGGAGAUAAUUGAUAAUUAUAGAGCGAAGAAGCAUGACGAAGCUCUGGCAGACGGCAGGCCGCAGCCAACUCAAAAGGUCGAGAAGAUCUUCUGCAACAUUGACAACAUCCACGUAAUGCGUGACUCGUUAAACAAGCUAGUGAGUGUUCUCAGUGACCUCGACAAAUACCCCAUUUCAACGAAUACAACUGAUAGCAUCCACUUCCCUUCAUUGCAGCAAUUGUUGACCAAAACUCAAUGGCUUCAUCGGUUAUCGAUUAUUUUACAGGCGGUUGAUCGAAUCACCAAGUCAGUUCAUUUAAACAAUACGAACGUUUUGAUACAUUGUUCGGAUGGCUGGGACAGGACAUCGCAGGUUUCCGCUUUGCUGCAGCUAUGUUUGGACCCAUAUUACCGCACGAUAGAAGGCUUCAUGGUUCUUGUUGAAAAAGAAUGGUUAAGUUUGGGGUUUAAAUUUGCUACGAGAGCAGAUCAUGGUGCAUGUAUUGGAGCAGCCUUGCCAAUGAAAGAGAGUGGGAUGGAAGAAAGCCAAAAUGAUGGAGAUGAGUCUAAACUACCCAAUUCCACCACACCUGUAUCUCGGAUACCUACUUCUAUGGGAACUAAAGUAUCCAUGACGACCUUUUUGCUGAAGGCUGCAACACAUAUUAAGAAUACUGCGUCGGCAGCAGCAGCAGCAUCAGCAGCAGCUGCUACUGCAACAUCGGAACGCGAUGGUGAUUCAAGAUUAAACGGCGCAUCGCCCACAUCGUACAACGGUAGUAGCGAAAGGUCUCCCAUCUUUCAUCAAUUCCUUGAUUGCGUGUAUCAAAUCCUUCGCCAACAUCCCGAAAAAUUUGAGUUUAACACUCGCUUUCUUAAAAGACUAUUUUAUCAUCACUAUUCGUGUCAAUAUGGUACAUUUCUCUGUGAUUCAGAGUAUGAGGCCAAGCAAGUGCUCCGGACGAAGGAUUCAACAGUAUCUGUUUGGGAUUACUUUUUAUCAAGGCCACAGGAGUUUUUAAACGCAAAUUAUCAUGAGAAGACUAAUCUGGAAGUUUUAUUCUUCAACUAUUCGGAAGUUAAAUGGUGGUUCGAGCUUUACGGUCGUUCAGAUGAGGAGAUGAAUGGGCUCUCCAAUUCAUUGCAGAAGAAGUUUGCUCGUUUAUCUUUGAAAGAAACCUCGCCAGACUCCGGCUCUAGUUCCAUGAACUAG